AGGUGCCCCGAGAAGUUCAGGUUUUAAAUAUUAGAUAUAAAAACUCUUGGCAGGGGCCUCACCAGGGGACCAAGCUCUGGCUGCUUUUCAGGAACUCUCCAGUGUGUGGGAGAUUGUUUUAAUCCUAGCUCUGCUUCUACAAGGACCCAUGAGGGGUAUAAGAAAGCCAAGGUGGGUUCCUGUCCUUAAGAGUUUUCUGCCCUGCCAGGGCUUCUUGACAUUUGCUAGGGGAAAGGUCAGGGUGAAUGAGUGAAUAGUCUGAGUUAUUUAGUAUCUCAGAAGGUAACACAACAUGUCCUUUUUUUUUUGUUUCCUUUUUUUUUUUUUUUAAAGUGUGCAGACCUAGGGCCUAGUCCUUGGCUCCCAGGACAUUUGGCAGAGUGAAUGAAAAUGAAAGAACAAAGCCCAUAGGGCUGAUGAAUUAGAUCAAGUGACAUCCCUCUAAAACCAGAAAAACGGGCUUGGGCCUGCUGGACAGCCUGAGGGUCAAGGAGAGGUAGCUGCUUCAGUGGGGUCAGGGGACGGGCAUCAGGAAGGACUGGUUCAUCACAUACUCUUCACAUUACUCUUGAGGUAAAGAUAUUGGCCCCAGGAAGCUCCCUAACGAUGACUGUAUAACCUGGGAGGAUAGCCAGAGAAGGAUGGACUUCGAGACUGGGGGAGGAGCUCAGAGGGAAGAGUUCAAGCAGGGGCCCAGGGUGGGAGGCUCACCUGGAUCCCUGGUUUGAACUCCCUAGGAGCCAGGGGAGGCUCAGGCCAAGAACUGAGAGGGAGGAGGGAGCCCCAGAACAGGGCCAUUACCAAACUGGGAAUGUUUCUGACUAGCCCUAGGCACAGUCCUUCCUUAUGAGAACUGACAGGCAGUUUGGGAGUUAGGGAAAGUAGGGGAACUAGAUCUUCAGGAAGUAGCUUUCUAGAUUUCAGAAUAAAGGAUGAACUGGGAUGUUCUUUUUUAUUUUUUUCUGCCCCUACCCUGAACUAGGAUAUUCUUUUUUUUUUUUUAAGAUUUUAUCUAUUUGAUAGAGCACAAGCAGGGGGAGCAGGAGGGAGAGGGAGAAGCAGGCUCCCUGCUGAGCAAGCGGAGCUCAAUCCCAGGACCCUGAGGUCAUGACCUAAGCCGAAGGCAGACGCUUAACCAACUGAGCCACCCAGUCACCCCUGAACUGGGAUAUUCUUACGUGGCACAUUGUUCAGGGUGGCUGGGAAGCUCUUAGAGAUGAAAGACAGUGAUCCCCAUGAGGAAAAGAAGGCAGUAUCCAGAAACCGAUAUGUCUACCUGGGAAGCUCUCUGUUGAAGGAGAUUGGAAAACAGUUAAAUGGAAAGGAAGACAUGUAACCAAAGACGGAGCUGGAAGUAGCAGUGGUCACAACCGAGAGAGCCAAACAUUUCUACAGCCCCCAGGACAUUCCUGUCACUCUCUACAGCGAUGCUGAUGAAUGGGAGAUGUGGAAGUGCCGAUCUGACCCAGUUCUCCACAUUGACCUGCGGAGGUGGGCCGACCUCAUGUUGGUGGCUCCUCUCGAUGCCAACACCCUGGGGAAGGUGGCCAGUGGCAUAUGUGACAACUUGCUUACCUGUGUCAUCCGAGCCUGGGACUGCCGCAAGCCCCUGCUCUUCUGCCCAGCGAUGAACACCGUCAUGUGGGAGCAUCCCAUCACGGCGCAGCAGGUGGGCCAGCUCAAGGCCUUCGGCUAUGUUGAGAUACCUUGUGUGGCCAAGAAGUUGGUGUGUGGAGACCAAGGUCUAGGGGCCAUGGCCGAGGUGGGCACCAUUGUGGGCAAAGUGGAAGAAAUCCUCUUCCGGCACGGUGGCUCUCAGCAGAGUUGAACCCAGGAUUUCUGUCAUGUGUGUCCCUCUGCACUCAGCGUGUUUUCAGGCCAAGUCUAUGAAGAAGGUGGAUGUUGGCAAAAUACGGUGAAGACUUCUGCGUUUACUGGGGAGGAGUCUGUCCGGGGCUGGGGGCCUGACUUGCCUCAGGUUCAAUUAGAACAAAGGCCCAGGUCCCGACUUCUUUCCAGCUAAGAGAUGCCUGCUUUCCAGAACCCUCCUCCCCCUUCCCUGGGAUUGGCACAGCAGGCUGCUGUACGUCCCUGUGCUCUGGGAGGGGGACUGAGGGAUGACAGAGAAACCUUGAUUCUCCCUGGUGCCUGGGAGCCGCUUCAGCUCCUUGGUGGGCUGCCCUGGCACCAUGCAGAGUCAGAGAAGCCUGUGAUUGGCAAGAUGCUGAGAUUCUCCGUAGAUCAUGCGGUGAGAUCGGGGGGUAAUGGGGAAUAAAGAAGAGUGACCUGUA